AUGGCUUCUCUUACAAACAGCCCGUCUGUGUUUACCAUCGACAGCAUCCUGGGACUGGACCGACCGGAGCAGAGAACAUGUCCUUACAGGCCCUGGACAGACGUGAAGCCAGCCUGUCAGAAUCGUCGAGUAGUGACAGAAAAUGAUGCUCCAGUGGAUGUGAGAGUAAAUGAAGAUGGUAAAUCUUUCAGUAAAUCACCAACUGACUCGUACAGGAGAACACUGAACUGGUACAUCGGGCGCAGGCCGAGAACAGCCUUUUCCAGUGUUCAGAUCAAGAUAUUAGAGAGUGUUUUUCAGGUGAACUCAUACCCAGGCAUUGAUAUACGUGAAGAACUUGCGAAGAAGCUUCAUUUAGAUGAGGACAGAAUUCAGAUUUGGUUCCAGAACAGAAGAGCGAAGCUGAAGCGUUCGCACAGAGAGUCUCAGUUCCUCAUGGUGAAAAACGUCCUCAGCGAUUUACAAACCGGCAGAGAAAAACACUGAGAGUAGAUCUACAUUUCUUUAUUAUCAUCAUCAUCAUUAUUCCUCUGUUACGAAAUUGUAAUUUAUUUAAUGUCUUCAUUAGUUAUGUAAUUAAUAAUUAUGUCUUAAGUAAAUGCUAAAA